AUGGAAGCAUGCGAUGGUACAGCGGGAGCGCAUCUCGAACUAGGCGUCAUUUAUCACCUGCUCAUGGAGCUAGACUCUAUCGAGAGAACCCUCAGAGGCCAGAUAGACUCCAUCAGAGCGCAAUCGAUAAAGGCCAAGUAUGUGGGAUCGACUAGGGAAGCAGAAAGCGAUGAUUGGCCCGGCGACUCUUUCCAGAAAUUUGUCCACGAACUGGAGCAGGCCAGGCAUCAAGUGGCGAGUUGGCACGCUUCUAUGCGCGAGGCUGCCAAUGCGUCUUCGCGCUCCCGGAUCCGUUCCCUCAACAUCUGGACCUGCCUGGCGAGUUAUUGA